AGACAUCAUUGGGAUAUAGACGAAGCCAUAUCAUACGUCAUUCAGAUCCUAGAGAAUCCAGCGCGUGGAGAUUUCCCAUUCUUCGGGUCCGCUAAUCCAUACAUCUUGUGGUCUUCCCUGACACGACGCCCCAGCGAAGGUUUAGUUGAUCACCAACUUUCAGGAGCUCUGCGCUGCGAGUAAGCUCAUGUCUAACGGCUUUAUGUGGCUUCAUGAAACACUCACACAGCACGAGCAGCCACUGCAGGUGGAGCAGGAGCAAGUUUUGCAGUCGCAGUUGGCGGCCAUGGUGAUGGAGAGAUGUCUUGUUGGGUGGAAACGUGUGUCUUAUUUGGAGUGGUGUUGUAACUGUUGUGUGCUGAGGAGGCAAGAGCUUGGAGCUCCGUUCAAAAAAUCUUGUCGAGGAAGGUCUUCCAUGGCCUUCUUAUACCUCUCGAGCUCGUUUCCCUCGCCCCAUCCUAAUAGGCCAACCACUUGUUUUCGAAAGCAAAGCCGCACGAACCGGUCCCUAAACUGCCCAGGAUGCGGAUGCUGCACCGGAUGCUCGAAUCGACCCAAGAGAGCACAGCGCGGCUGCGGCAGCGGCGGGAUGGUAUCCCUCGAGCGUCAUCCUGACGACAGAAAAGCUUCACCAGAGAUAAACGCCGGCCAUGGAGCAUCUUGGCGCGGGGCAUCUCCGCUCGGGUGGGUUCCACGGCAGCUUCCCCGACUUGACACGGCUGACGGCUCCCUCUUGGGCCUGGGCCUCGGCCCGCGCACUCGACCCAUCUCAUUGCCACUUCUUCUAACAAUACCGUUUAACACAGUUCGUUUUUUUGAGAUUCGGAUAAUUAUCCAGUUCAAGCCGGCAAGCUGCAGUCUAGCUUGUUUAAAAUGUUCUGAGUCUGAGUCUCUUGGAACGUGGCCUCUGCGUUUCUUCUCGCUGACUCGAGGAGUCGGGUGUCCUCGACAUCGCCGCCAAGCCCCAAAACGCCACGAGCAGCCAUCUCCAUGGUGAUAGAUGGUGCACGAAGCCUCGGCACUUUCUUCUCAUGAAAUCA